UUGCGAUCGCAUUCGCUGUUCCUCUACAACUUCGCCAACUGCGGAAUCUCGUUACGUUUUCGAUUGGCGGGAGUUUUUCUCCUCCUGCUCCGUAGCUAUUUGAUGAAAUGCCGAAGAGGGCGGAAGAUGAUAGAUGCUCACCCUUUUAUCUCUACGUGGAAAGGGAAUCGCGGCUGUGCCCAGUGCAAUUUUGCAGGGACACGAGACAUUCCCGCCUCACCUGGUUCGCGGACCCCUGGUCCGUUUCCUUAAUUAUUGUCGUUGGCGUCUGAUUGUCUCCGUCCCGGCACACGGAUCGGCACCAUCCAACCGUCCACGGGGUUCAUGGGUCGCACGGGACAACGGGCCCGAUCAUGCAUGACGGGAGAUCGACAUAUCGUCCUCGAUUGAUUCGGGCACUCUUCCCCCUCUCUCUCCUCGCGACGGUCUCGCCCGGUCUCUUCCGUCGCGUCUCUCUGCCAAAAAUCCCCACCGGAGAAAAACAGGACAAGGACUGAUGGCCGUCGAUUGGAGCCAACUGCCGUCCGAUCUCCUCGAAUCGGUCUCCAGGAAGCUCCCCUUGUACGCCGACUACGUCCGAUUCCGCGCCGUCUGCCGCGCGUGGCGGUCCUCCACCCCGAAGGCCCCCAGCCACCUCCCUCCUCAGCUCCCGUGGCUCCUCCUCCCCCUGUUCAAGCCUCAAAGUCGCGGCCGCUCCUGCUCCGGCUACUUCUACAGCCUCCCCGACAACAAGGUCCACGUGCUCAGGAUCACCGAGACGUGCCUCCGCAAGCGUCGCUGCGGCUCCUCCCACGGCUGGCUCGCGAUCCUCGACGAGUCGCCGAGCGUCGUCCUCGUGAACCCCCUGACCGGAGCCAAAGUGGACCUGCCUCCGCUGCACACGUUCCCCGACGUCGUCGGCUUCAACUUCGCCGACGUGGGCCGCGAGUACUUGCUCCGCGACGGCAAUCAUCGGCUCUCGACGCGCAAUCUGAAGCAGAUGCGCGACAUUUUCGUCAAAAAGGUGGUCCUGUCUUCAAGUCCGGCGAAGGACAGUCGAUUCGUCGCCGUGGCGAUGCUCCAUCACCGUAGCCGCUUGGCUUACUGUAGAAACGGCGAUGAAGGUUGGAGGUUUAUAGAAGAAGCGAAUUUUUACAGCGAUGAUGUCAUUUAUAGGGACGGAUUGUUCUAUGCUGUGAGUAGCUAUGGUCGAAUUGCGGUUUGUGACGUCAAUGGCGAUUCCCCUAGGGUUUCGUACAUCGACAAGCCGAGGGUUGUCUGUGGGGACAUACAGUAUCUGGUGAGUGUAGGAGACGAUCUCAUGUUAGUCACGCGGCAUUUGGACUCCAAUUUCUGGCCUGAGCUCCAUCAAACGGUGUUUAGGACUAAGCUAUUUGAUGUCUUUAAGCUGGGGGAUGAAUUUAGGUGGGAGUGGGUGGCAGACCUGGGCGAUUACAUGAUCUUUAUCGGGCAAAACUCUUCCUUCGCGUUACGGGCAUCGGAUUUUCCUGGAUGCAUGGGGAAUUGCAUAUAUUACACCGAUGAUCACUCGGAUUCUAACUGUGAUGGAUUCUUGGAAGAGCAGGAUAUGGGAAUCUUUAGGUUAGAGGACGAAAGCUUCGAGAAAUUGCCUUGCUAUUCUCCCAAUUUCGCCUCGCCGUCGACUCCGCCCAUUUGGUUCUCACCAAAUCCUUGCUAGACUCCGUGAUUAUUAUGCAAGUGUCGCAGCAUGGAGUGUUUCCUCUUAAAUUGUCUCUGAUAUGGACAAUGGACAUCUCUUCAGCUUCUGCAAAUUUGCGGCUUGUACAUUAUGCUCCGUUAGCACAACUGCAUCUUGACUUGUGUACAAAAUGAGCUAAAUGAAAAAAAGGAAUUGUAAAUAAUUGCGAUGAACCGCGCCUGAUUACCUGCUGUCUUGUUCAGGGAUGUUUUGUUUGUACCUGUAAGACUUGAGAUGGGAGCAUCUCUCUCUUGUAAAAGUGACAGUGGAAUUUGUGAAACCUCACUCUCUGAUGGAAGUAAUAAACCGUGUUGUUUCCAUUGGCAA